AUGUUGGGUCGACUAUUAAGCACCGCCGCUUCAAGCUUGAACCCGGCCACCUAUUCUUCCUCUCGCAAUCACGGAACUCCUCUCGAAUCGGUCACCGAAGAGGAACAUACCUCCGGCCUUCUCUUCCCUGAUGCUAGCCUGCUCCGUCGUUCAAACACCCAUGCAUAUCCACUACAAACGACCUUUCACUCUCCCAAUGCCUCCACUGCUGGUGCUUACGAUGACCGUGGGGGGAUGGAAUUGGAACCAUCCAAGGAUUUCCGGGUGAUUGUGGCACAGAACGCCUUGGGUGACCGGGAUGCCUGCGUCUUGUUGGACACACGUGCCUCAUCCGAUUCUCCACCCACUGGUCUCGGCAUCGACUCGCAGGGCCUCGAUCAAACUGGCUCUAGACAUACUCGUGCGGUCUCCAGUCUAUCUCGCGGCACUCGUCGGAAUAUUCUUACACAAUCCUCCGUCGUCGAAUCGAGUCCCCUCGCUACCGCCGCCAGCGCACGGCGGGCCUCAACAGCCAGCGCCGGUGCUUUCUCCCGUGCCCGAGGCCGUAGCUCUACACUUACCCCCGGAGGAAAUUGGCACGAUAAUCCGAGACAUGGCACCGAUUCCAAUGACACUGGCUUGCUUAACUGCAUCUUCGGCAGCAGCGCCUUCAGCUACCGAGGCUCAUCGACAAAAAUGCACAUCAUCUCUGCUGACGAUGACUCUGGAACGUCAGGAAUGUCAGCUAGCAUGUCACCUGCUGGUCGAAGCCCUAUCGCCCGGGCUUACACCACUGGAAGCCCCUCUGGAAUGAUGGGAGCGGCUCGAGGCCUAGAUGGCAAACCGCCUGCCAAGGUCACCGUCUUGUUGACCCGAAUGUUCAGCGUCAAUCUCCCAGAAGGCCCAGACGCUUCAGCCGACCGGCAAGACUACGCCAAUGCCAUCUAUCAGGAAUCUCUUCCCGAAAUGGGCUUCCCCUUCCCGGAUGUGGCAAAGCGGAAGAAAAUCAAGGAGAAGAAAACCCCCAUGUAUGCGGUUGCGAUUACGAUCCAAAUCCCCUUGCUUGCACGGAGUAAUGCGGGGAGACCAGUAUCUCGAUUCAGCACCCUCGGCCUUGAUUCUUCUCGGAUUGGACUUUCUAGCUCCCUGGAUUCGGACUACCGUUGGCCCGGUGUGCUUUUUGAUGAUAGCCUAUCAGCUGCUUCCCCUCCAGCGAGCCUAGACGAGCGAUUGGAUUUGUUGGUUGACCAUUGGGAUGUUAUUACCCGCACCCUUUCCCACUUGGAGCGACUUGCCCGGAAUGAGAUUCUUUUCUUGUUGCGAAAGGUCGAUUCCCUCGCUGGUUCCCACCCGAAGCCUGCGAAGCCUCCAAAUAUGCAGCGUACCAAUCAGACCAUUGUUCAUUUGCCGGCCAACAUACUUGCCGUGAACUCCAAACUCAAAGAAGAGGCCAUUCGCAGUACGCGUCGCAUCAGCAUGGCUCUUCAAACCCCAUAUGUCGUGACUGGCCAGAGUCGUUGGGGUGUGUGGCGAGAGGAAGGUCGUUCCAUCGUUCGAGGGCUUGGAGAUAAAGAAUCAAAUUUCUUCUUCCUGGUUUUGCUCACUGCGUUCCUGGGCAACCAUACUGAGUGGCUGAAUGCCCUUGGGCCGGAUUGGUACCGUCGCCGCCAUAAUCAACAGCAAAAGGCUCAACAGGACUCUGAACCCAUCCUCACCCACCGAACUGUAGUCAUCUGCCCAGACAAGAUGACUGCCCGCCGUUUGAUUUUCCUACUCUCCGCAUUCUUCCCUUCUAAACAGCGAAUCGACCCCUUGCCUUCGCCGCUUCGUCCUGGAACUUCAGCGUCAAUGCGUGCCAUAUCUCAGAGUCCACCGGCAGUGCCAGUCCUUCGCCAGGAAUCCCUUCGGAGAGCCAUCGAACGACGCACACGAGCCCAGCGAGGAUUCCCCGGUGAGAAUGGUCAACACAGGCGUUCGACGAGCGUCUCGUCUCAAGAAACAACCCUGAGGUCCACAGAAGCUGUUGACAUGAACCUCCCGGCGCAACAUCCAGCCGCACGUAGAGAAUCAGAUGCCCGUUCCAUCCGGACAUUGGGUCCCAACCCCCCAGGCCAGAGAUCCUCUACCGUCCCUGUCCCUCAUUUUACUUCACAGCAAAGCCGCACCAGCCAGGGAGGACCUGACCACAAUGGACCUGGGUCCAAUGACAGCCUGGCAUCGGAGAAUUUGCUGAAGAAUCUACAACGAAGCGACAGCACUGUGCUGAGCUCUAACGGAAGUCUUCCAUCUGCCGGUGGCCGCUGGGGAGGUCUCUUCUCGGGCCUGUGGAGCUCACGACAGGAGUCUACAGAUGGGGCCGAUUACUACUCUCCAUCUCAAGCCCGCAAAAAGUCGGUGUCUACAAUCGCCGGUCCUAUCACACGUGGCCCACCCACAUUGAGUGAAAUGGUCAAGGAGGUUACUGAAGAUGAGGCAGAGCACCGUUUCGAUACAUUGCCGAGUGGAAACAUCUCGAUCCCAACUACUGCACCCCAUGGAUCUGAAGAUACUUCCCCGGAGCCUUCAUCUCUGACAAGCCAAUGCGUGCCGACGAAGGGGGUGGUAGACGUCGAUCUUCCACUGCCUGGAUUCUUAUCUCUCUCCUCCUCGGGAGACUCUACAAUUGCAUCACCGAGAAAGACUCGAGCGUCAAUUAACAGCGUCGAUGGCAUUCCAUCCACUCACAGCAGUGGCUCUGGAUUCCACAAUGCCAUGAAAGAUACUCCCGAUGGCCCCAGAUCUCACGUUGCUGGCUGGCUGAAAGUGUUCCAUGAGGAUUUCUCGCUGCAAGCAGUCAGACCUUAUGCAUCUAUCGAGGCAGAUAUUAAACGUGCCAUGCAAGCAGAGCCCUCGCCCUAUAUCCCUUCGACUCCAGAUGCAGAUGGCUCAGAGCGUUGGGUCGAUGUUGCAACUACCUUGAUUGCAGAUACCCGGGCGUCCUCUGUUAAACGUCUCCGGCUAAGACGCAAGAUCAUCGUGGGCCAUCAUUAUGGAACGAGCCAAAGCCCUCCAUCCCCGGCCAGUGGCCUCAACCAAGGCCAACGCUCUUCAAAUUCCCAAUUUCCAGGCAUUGUCGGCUAUAGCAAAUCGCCUGAUGACAAUCUCAGUAACGGGCCAGACCCUCACCAUGUGGAAGAAAGAUUCAUUGAGGAGCCUGUCAUGGAUCUCGAUGGUAUCCUUGUCGACGCCGUCGAGCGAGUCCUCGGACAAAGCGGGUAUUCCUCGCUAGCACAAUCCCGUGCCCCAUCACCUUCGCGUGCUCGCCGAGGAGAUGACACCGGCCAGACCACGCCCCGAGCAGAAGAUCCUCCUUUUGAAGUACCCCGUGCUGAAUGUCGCAAAAUGGUGCUCGGAGCUUUGGAAGAGGUUGUCCGCAUCGUCACAGCCGAACACUGCCGGGAAGACGUUGAUAACGAGCUAGGCAUCGCCGACCGCGAGCGUCGACGCGCUCAGAUUGGCGCUGAUAAUACCCUGCGUCAAGGAAUUCGCAAGUGGCUUCUCGACGUUGAAGAAGCCUGGUGA